ACACACUCUUUACUUUAAUUUCUUAGUUUAUGUUUUUUAAUUAUAUUUAAUUUAGGAAAUAAUAACUAUAGUUGUCUGCGGCAGAAAAGAAAAGAGAGAGAGAAGAAGCGAAGCAAGGAGAAAGGAAGAUUGGAUUUUGAGGACGCGUAUGAGUAGGAAUCGGAAAUUGCUAUAUGCCAUCAAACACUCAUAACGCAAAUUUAGCACAAAAUAUUCAUAACUAUAUAAAACAAAAUCACACUCUUUUUCUCUCUCUUCUUUCUCUUUCUUCUUCUUCUUCUUUGAGGAAUUUCAUUUCAUUCAACAAUGAACAGGUCUCAGGAUCAAAGGUCAAGACCUACAAAACCAGCUACAAUUCAUACCUUUGCUUUAUCAGGUGACCUUAUUGGUCUUCAGAAGCUACUUCGUGAUAACCCUUCUCUUCUCAAUGAUAAAAACCCUGUUAUGGCACACACACCGCUUCAUGUUUCUGCGGGUAACAAUAGGACUGAUAUAGUUAAAUUUCUUCUUGAGUUGCAAGGACCAGAGAAGAUUGAGAUAGAGGCCAAGAAUAUGUAUGGAGAAACUCCAUUGCACAUGGCAGCAAAGAACGGCUGUAGUGAAGCCGCACAGUUACUUCUUGCGCAUGGCGCUUCUGUUGAAGCAAGAGCAAAUAACGGUAUGACACCUUUACACCUAGCAGUUUGGCACUCAUUAAGAGCAGAAGAAUUUUUAGCUGUGAAAACAUUACUUGAACAUAAUGCAGAUUGCAGCGCUAAGGACAAUGAGGGAAUGACGCCUUUAAAUCAUCUUUCGCAAGGCCCUGGAAAUGACAAACUUAGGGAACUAUUAAACUGGCAUCUUGAAGAGCAGAGAAAGAAGCGAGCUAUUGAAACGUGCAGUGAAACCAAAGCUAAAAUGGAUGAACUUGAAAAGGAACUUUCAAAUAUUGUAGGUCUUAACGAUCUAAAAGUACAACUACGCAAGUGGGCGAAAGGCAUGCUUUUGGAUGAGAGGCGUAGAGCUCUUGGUCUGCAUGUUGGCACAAGACGACCACCUCAUAUGGCCUUUCUUGGAAAUCCUGGAACAGGUAAAACUAUGGUAGCACGGAUCCUUGGAAGAUUACUUCAUAUGGUGGGAAUUCUACCUACUGAUAAAGUCACAGAAGUACAACGAACAGAUUUAGUUGGCGAGUUUGUCGGUCAUACCGGUCCAAAAACGAGAAGGAAGAUCCAAGAAGCAGAAGGGGGAAUUCUUUUUGUCGACGAAGCUUAUAGACUAAUACCAAUGCAGAAGGCAGAUGAUAAAGACUAUGGUUUGGAAGCCUUGGAGGAGAUUAUGUCUGUCAUGGACAGUGGAAAAAUUGUAGUAAUAUUUGCAGGGUACAGCGAACCGAUGAAACGAGUAAUUGCUUCUAACGAAGGUUUUUGCAGACGGGUGACCAAGUUUUUUCAUUUUAUCGAUUUCAGUUCAAAGGAACUAGCAACAAUCCUUCACAUCAAGAUGAACAAUUUAGCCGAAAGUAGUUUGUUAUAUGGAUUUAAGUUGCAUUCCAAUUGUAGUAUAGAAACUAUAUCAGCAUUGAUAGGAAGGGAAACAACCGAAAAACAGCGCAAAGAAUCAAAUGGAGGUUUGGUAGAUACGAUGUUGAUAAAUGCAAGAGAAAGUUUGGACCUAAGACUUAGUUUUGACUGUAUAGAUACAGAAGAACUUCUUACCAUUACUUUGGAAGAUUUAGAAGCAGGUCUUGGCCUAUUAUCACAGUAACCAUUCUUUGGAAAUUAGAUAUUUUGGAUUUUUACGGAAUUUGGAUUGUGACACAAUCCCGUGCAGUCAUUGCAGUCAGCCAUGUUGGUAGUCGUUGGAUCAAGAUCAGACUGUUCAUAUUUCAAUGCAGAUUUUUUUUUUUUUUUUAAACUAAAAUACCAAGCUUAAUAUCUGAACUGUUCAAUCUUGAUCCAACGGUCGCUGAUGUGACUUAUUGCGUGACUUUACAUGAUUGUGACUGCACACAGCCCAAAUCCAUUUUGGAGUUUACCUCAAUAUUCACCAUUGGAUAUAUUGCAAGUUUUGCAACUACACAAUAAAGAGCUUAUUUCAAGUUUGCAGCUGCAAAAUGAGGAGUUUGUAUCAUGAAUGAGUUUUCUACAAUAGGUGGAUUCUUCUUUCAUUGUAUUCUUUAUAUGUUAUUCAUUUUUAUAGGGCAGUAAUAAUUCUCUCUUUUAGUUUGUGGCUGUCCUAAAUUAUUUCAGUUAGGUAUUUCACAUUUAUGGCUUGUUAAGUACUUUUUAUUUAUUUUUAAACUCAUGUAUGAUAUUGGAUGACUAUUAGACAAUUUAUUGAAUGAAAAUAGUUUAUAAGUA